CCUUCACGACUAUCCAUUUAACGGCUGGGGCAGAAACCCAUUUAAACUCCCGUAAUUAUCCUGAAGAUGAAGACAUUCUGGUGAACAUCACAUCUCCUGCAAACAGCCAAAUCCAACUUUAUAUUACGUUCGAUCCAAUCCAAACUAAUCAUGGCAAUGAUGUAGUUUACGUAUACGAAGGAUGGACAUCGAAUCAAGUUGUACCAACGAAAAGAUGGGAUCUAUCUGCAUCAUCUUUCCCGGUGAAUAUUACAUCACAUGGGUCGUAUAUAUGGAUACAAUUCAAUCGUAACGCUGGCAAACGGAGGGACAUCUUUCAGGUUGUUGCAUCUUCUCAGAUCCGAACUAUCAGUUUGCUACCCGGAAAUGUAAGAUACAUUCAGUCUCCUAAUUACCCGUCCAACUACACCAACAAAACUAACGUUAGGUGGCUAGCGCCAUUAUGAUUUAUAGUUUAAUUGUGCCACCACAAGUGGCUUCCCAUAUAUGUAUGCGGCGACUCUGCCACGAUCAAUAAAUGUCUCACAACCUAUUCAAAUCGUCUGUAGUUUCCUUUUAUCUAAUUGCGUGGUGGCUUACGGUGUGAUCAGAAUUCCGCGGCUAACUUUCGCUACCAGGAUCAAAGAAUCCGGAUUGGGGGAAAUCUCGCUCAGAAACUUGGGGACAGGCGCUCACCAGGUCUAAAUGUGGUGUGAUAGUUUGGGUAGGCAUACAGAGUUGAGUAUUUAUAAAGCGUACGUAGUCCCAUAUAUAUUAUGUACUGUACUGCAAUGCGCGCCGCAUCGACGAAGCGAUGCACGGUCGUGGCGGAGCCCACCCGCGUCGGGCUCGCAUCUAUACAGAGAUGUGUAGCCGUCGCUGAGGCACCUCAGCGUAGGUGUCCUCCUGCUGUAGAGCAUAAGUCUAUCGUGACUAAAUCUAAGAAUGACACCCCAUUUUUCCCUGCCAGUGUUAGGGGAACCCCCGAACAGUUGACAGUGGAAUUGCAUAGUGGUUCUCCUUUGAAUUUGAUAAGUGAGUCUACUGCUGAUUUCUUUGGCCUUGAAGUUGUAAUCGAUAUGUUUGGUUACAGUGACUAUGUUGACCCUGAAGUGUCGUUUGCCUUACCAUCUGGUAUUGUUGGCAUUACAUCUUUUUCUCUUUUCUAUGAUGGAUGUGAGUUGUAUUAUGAUGGUUUCGUGGUUGAAGACAGUGUGGUGAACUUUGAUGUGAUGGCUGGGGCUCCCUUUAUGGAGAAGAAUGAUGUUUCGAUUCGACCUUCUAAACGCCAAAUCAUGUUUGGGGACUACCAUACUUUUUCUUACAUGUCAUCAUCUAAUCAAUUCCAAUCUAAUCCCACUAGUAUGAAUGAGUUAGAUGAGCUGGAUCGUGCAGUGGGUAUGAUAAUGCAAGGAUCUGAGAGUGAGUGCAAACACACUAAUCCUGGAUUUGACAGUGAGUGUAAACACACUCUUCCACUAAAUGACUGUUCUCAAGUGCACAGAGAGAUCAUGGAUGUUGGGUGUAAUAUAGAGGUGAAUGAGACUGAAGCUGAGCGUCCACACAUUCACCAGUCCAAUGACAAUGAUAACAUACACAAUGAGGUCGAGUGUAGUGUUGGAGAGAAUGAGACUGAAGCUGACCGUUUACAUACUCGCAAGUCCAAUGACAUUAAUAACAUACACAAUGAGGUCAUGGAUGUUGAGUGUAAUGUAGAGGUGAAUGAGACUGAAGCUGAGCAUUCACACAUUCACCAGUCCAAUGACAAUGAUAACAUACACAAUGAGGUCGAGUGUAGUGUUGGAGAGAAUGAGACUGAAGCUGACCAUUUACACAAUCGCAAAUCCAAUGACAUUAAUAACAUACACAAUGAGGUCAUGGAUGUUGAGUGUAAUGUAGAGGUGAAUGAGACUGAAGCUGACCAUCCGCACAUUCACAAGUCCUAUGACAAUAACAUGCACAGUGAGUUCGGACUGAUGACCAGUGUGGAGACUGAAAGUGUUAUGACUGAGUAUGAUGUUGGAAACCCAGACUUGGGAUUUACGUCACCACUACGUGAGUCGAAGAUGGAUGGUGAGAUUGGUGAGACGUUGAGUGAAAGCGUUGAGAUAGUGACAGUCACAGAAUCCAAAAGCUCUAAGCCUGCUGUGAGUACUGAGGAUAAUUGCUGUGAUCGUGCUAAGCUAUGCGUAAAGACAGUAGGUGCAGUUGGGUCACAUUACAAUUGUCAGGUACAACAUCAACAUGAACAUAUUAGUUGCAGCGGUGACCUAUCGUGUGUAAAGGUCGUAGGUGAAUUUAGGCCACAAAACAACAAUCAGGAAAAUUACCAACAUAGACAAUUUUACAGUGUUCCUGAUACUGAGCCUAGCUCUGCAUCUGGUGUUCCUGGUACUGAGCCUAGCUCUGUUGUUCCUGAUACUGAGCCUAGCUCUGGCAUUCCUGAUACUGAGCCUAGCUCUGGUGUUCCUGAUACUAAGCUUAGCUCUGUUCCCGACACUGAGCCUACAUGUAGCUAUGGCGUUCUUGAUACUGAGCCUAGCUCUGGUGUUCCCGGUACUGAGCAUAGCUCUGGCAUUCCCGGUAACGAGCCAAGCUUUGACAUUCCUGAUACUGAGCUUAGCUCUAAUACUAAGCCUUCCUGUAGUGUCAUGGUAAUGAGCCUUACAUUAGCUCUUUUGUGUCUUGUCUUGAACAUAGCUCUAGUGGUAGUAUGCUCUUGUUUCAUCGUUACUCAUGUUUCGGAAGCGGAGCCUAGCCUUGCUGUUGCAGGUUAUGUACACAGUGCUGACAUCACUUCAAUAGAGAAUUGUGCCAUCAUUCGAUCGCUUUCGCAUGACCUUUAUUCUCCUUUCACUACAGUAGAGAACCGUAUUCGCGAAAUCCAUGAUCGGCUUGAAAACCGAACCGCUGACUACCCGUCAGACAUAGAGUACGUCAAUGAGAGUAUCCGCAGUACAAAUCGUUAUUUCGGUUUCGUUCGUUGUACACGUGAUCAUGAUAUGCCCAGACAUGUUUGUGGUGUCUGCAACGCAGAUCGUUUUCGGCAUUUCGUCUUCGUUCAUUGUACACGCGAUCAUGAUAUGCCCCGGCAUGUCUGUGGUGAGCCGUGUCACCGCACAGACGCUUACCUUGAUAUUGCGCUGUGUUCCUCUCUCAUCAAUAGUAACCAUCACUAUACGAGUCUCUUACCUUAUGAGGUGUUCUAUGGAUGCACAGCUUACAUGUACAUGCAUUCUGUAGCUAGUAUCAUCUGGUCGCCCUACAUGGACUGUAUAGCUUAUAGUACAAUAGACAAGGAUUUGGCACCUUGCCUUAGUCCCAAGACGCCUACUCUCCUACAGAAUCCUGCUGAUCGAUUGAUAUUGCCUGUUGUCCAUCACGCUACUGAUCCUGAGGUGAUUUUGCUGCUAUCUUACCUGUGUGACUACAUCUGUUCUGGUAACCAGUCCUCUGCAUAUGAUGUCAUGACUAGUCGUCCCACCUCACCGCUCUUUGAGGACGGAAAAGCGGCCCACAGUAGCACACCCUUACUCCAUGUUCAUGGAAGUUUGUCACGCACCGUAUUACCGGUUUCCGACCCAGUCCGUACCCCUGCUGUUGUUGAUCAGCCCUUGAGGAUCCAACCCCCCGUUGGAUCUUGGCCUAGAUGCGUCGCGACCAUUGGACACCAGGAUUGGCUUCUAUGGACUUGUGGACCUCGCCCACCGUCGCCCUUUUCUGAUGGAACUCGCAUGAUCCCCAAUCCCAUGAUGUACCUCGCAUGAUUCCCUACCCCUGAUGGAACUCACUUAUCUGGUCGGAGUGUGGUUGUAAUGCGACCUUGGCUUUCUGGACUCUUUCAGGCUCAUAUGAUGACUUCGCACACAAUGAUUUUCGCCGUGUUUGGUGACUGCCCCGUGGGCUUUCAGUUUUUUUUCCCACUUCAGCAUGCACGGUGGCCCAAAGCCCCCCCCCCCGCCGUGUCCCUUGGUAAUAUCUGCAGGAGUGACAAUAAUGUUUAAAGUGUCUACAUUUUACCAGUGGUGUAUUAUGUUUUUUAUUAUUCAUUCCCUGUAUUGUUACUCAUGUUUUGCUUGGGGAUACGGGUAUGGUUUCGCUAUUUUUGUGCUUAUUUUUUAUUUAUAGAUAUAUACAAGUAUAGAGUUGCAGUUGGUUUUAAGUUUGUCAUGGUUUUACCACACAACGAAUAUCAUUGUGUUACUACACUGAUUGGAUGCAGGAAGUUGGUUAAAUUUGUAUUACGGCAUACUAUAGUCUUUGUUUCGUUUUUGAGUAUUUUUUUUUAUGCCGUGUGUGCAUACUUUCGGCCGUUUAAGAUUAUUAGUAGUGUACUGACCAUAUUUGGAAACAAGCCUUAUUUUUUUUGUUUUUUAUAUUCAGUAGUGAAUCCACAUGACUUGUUUCAUUUGGUCACAUUUUUUUUGUGUUUUCGUAUAUGGUCGUGAUUAAAGAGUGCUUUUGUGGUAUUAUUUAUGCCUUUGAUUUGUUAGAAGUAGCAUGUAUGCGUGCUGUUGUACAUUAUGUACGCAAUUUGACCAGGCAGUCAAUUUCUUUUUUAUUGUUUAAAACAAAGCGAAGGUAGUUGGGAUUAGUGUAUUGUUUUAAUAUAUUUUGAGGUUUUAUAUUAAUGACCUGUAUAGUGGAAUUGUUAUAUGUCCUUUAUCCAUACUAUACGUAUAUGGCUAUUAUUUGAGGUUUGUUAUAUUACUCGUAUAGGGGAAUGGAUUUGAUCCUUAUCAUUUGCACAGAUCAUAUUUAGACUGAAACAGUUAUGGCCAUUUUUGAUAUACCUACUGUUUAAGUGUAACCCUACUUAUGUUAUUCUGUUACUUGAAUAUUGAAUAUUUUUAUUGGUGUUCAUACGUUUUGAAUAUGAUUUCAUACAGUCAAAUUGAAGCUUGAUUUUGGAUCUGUUUAAAGGAAAAAAAAGAGAGAAAAGAAUGAAACGUAAUCACGCCAUUAUGAUUUAUAGUUUAAUUGUGCCACCACAAGUGGCUUCCCAUAUAUGUAUGCGGCGACUCUGCCACGAUCAAUAAAUGUCUCACAACCUA